AUGCUCACGCUGCCAACGCGCAUUCCGCGUACGAAUCGGCCCCGUUGGACACCUUUGGACCCCAUGCGCCAUCAACCCGACAAAGCCGCGCCAACCGCCACCCCCGUCACCGCCGACUACCAUCAACUGACACCAUCCGCCCUGUCCCAACCCCUACAUCGGCUGCAGCGACCAUCAUCACCACCGCCACGUCUUCAGGCACUUCCUACCCUCGAUAGGACGACGUCUGAUGUCUCAUCACCUUCUACCAUCACCACCAGAACUCUCACAUCUAGCGAUGUGGACUCGGUUCCAACCUGUUCCCUUUGUGAUCGAACAUUCACUUCACACAUCGGCCUCGUCGGUCACUCUCGAAUCCAUCGCCUGGAGCACCAAUCUACCUUUGCGGCACCCGACUCAACUGCCCUUACCCCUCUCAUGGGCUUAUUAGAUCACAUGCGCAUUCACGAAAAUCUGCGGUAG